AUGGAUACACAGACACUGCAUAUAGCAGGCCUCCCAGUCCAUCUCUUCACUGCCGCAGAUACCCCUCCCGAUGCCCCUUUGACGAUCCUCUUCUUCCUACACGGCAGACUCGGACAGUACCAAGAUAACCUCCGCCACUUCCAAUCCAUCCUCACCCAUCACGCCCACCACAAACGACAGUGUGAUUCAAGUCUCAUGCUAUGCUCAUUCGAUCAACGUAAUCACGGCCAUCGACACGUCUCAGAACGUGCCAAUACAACAUGGCAAGAUACACCGGGUAACCCACUGCACGCACAAGACAUGCAUGCGAUUCAAGUGGGUACAGCACGGGAUGUUGUGCUUCUGAUGGAUUACCUACCUGCCUACCUCACCACGCACACCAUCAAACGAUACCUCUGUGCGGGUAUCUCAUUGGGUGGCCAUGCAACGUGGUUGGCCUUACAGCUGGAUACAAGAUUAAUAGCCGGGAUCCCCAUUAUCGGGUGUCCCGACUACCUCUCCCUCAUGACUUCUCGCGCACGCACGCUGAAGGAUGGAACAGGUGGCUUGACGGAAGCGUUAUUUCCGCGGGCGUUACGAGAGGUUGUUGAACGACUCGAUCCAACGAUCCACGGGAUGCGUGAGAAACGACUCUUGGUGUUGUGUGGGGCGCGUGAUAGACUUGUGCCGUAUGAAGCGGGUCGUCGAUUUAUUGAAGCCUUGCAGGUAGAGCAGCAACACCAUGGUGGAUCGACGGAAGUGGUGGUGGAGGCGGGAGUGGGCCAUCGAUGCUCAGAUGCCAUGAUUGAGCGAUUAUGUGCGUUUGUACUUGCAGAGAUGCAUGUCCCGCAGGGUGUGCGAUUGUAG